AUGAUAAGUCAAGGGCCGUUCAGGUUGGGGUUGGGGUUGAAGUUGAAGUUGAAGUUGAACUUGAACUUGAACUUGAAGUUGGGAUUGGGAUUGUGGUUGAAGGUUGAGGUUGGGGUUGGGGUUGAGGUUGGGGUUGGGGUUGAGGUUGGGGUUGGGGUUGGGGUUGAGGUUGGGGUUGUGGUUGGGGUUGAGGUUGUGGUUGGGGUUAAACUUGGGUUGGGGUUGAGGUUGGGGUUGGGGUUAAAGUUGGGGUUGGGGUUGAGGUUGGAGUUGGGGUUGAGGUUGGAGUUGGGGUUGAGGUUGGAGUUGGGGUUGAGGUUGGGGCUGGGAAAUUUCCCGUCUCACCCGAAAUGCCCGACGAACGCAGACUGUAGCGGAGCCGACUGCGGACCGGGCGGGAAGUGUCGGAACCUGGGAUCCCGACCGGGCUACGUCUGCGACUGCGACGCGGGCUACUACGGCGCCAUCUGCGACAGAUUCGACCCCUGCGUCAACAAACCCUGCCAGAACCUCGGAACGUGUCGAAACGAGAGCGACAGCUCCUACCACUGCGAUUGCCUGGUCGGCUUUUACGGCGUCAAUUGCUCCUUCUUCGAUCCCUGCGCCAUUCAGCCGUCGCCCUGCCUCAACGGAGCCAAAUGCCAAAGCGAGGAGAGCAACGUGUACGAAUGCGAAUGCCUGCAGGGAUUCUACGGGAAAACGUGCGAAUUCUACGAUCCUUGCUCGCAGGGGCCUUGCCUCAACGGGGGGCAGUGCAAAAACGUAUCCAGCACGGAAUUCCUCUGCCGAAGGAAGUGGAAAGCAGGGUCUCAUUCUUCCACCUCAAGUAGCAAGUACGAAUAUUUACGUACUUCCUGGUCUGGUAAUGGACCCGAACAGUCGCUCGUGGACCCGGGUGGGACUGGUGGGGACUGGUGGGGACUCGGCUUCCAUUGUGAGGUGAACGUGGACGACUGCGCCGGGUCGCCGUGCGUGAACGGGGGCCUGUGCGUGGACGGGGACGACGAGUAUCGUUGCGUCUGCACGCCCGGCUUCUACGGCACGCACUGCGAGGAGGAAGUGGACGAGUGCGCCAGCAGCCCCUGCCUCAACGGGGGAGAGUGCGUGGACGGCGUGAACGCGUACCAGUGCCGGUGCCCGCCGGGGUUUCAAGGCAGGGAGUGCGAAUCUGAGAUCGACGAGUGCGCCUCGAGUCCCUGCCAGAACGGGGGCGUCUGCGAGGACAUGGUCAAUGGGUUCCGGUGCCGCUGCGCCCUGGGUUACCGGGGCCGGAUCUGCGAGAUGAGAGAGAGAUGCCCCGAGGACGUCCGCGAGGACUCCCCGUUGGGUUUCUUCAGCUGGCCGGCCACCCCGCACGGUGAGACGGUCUACGUUCCGUGUCCUCUCGGUGCCGUUCCCGGUGGUAACAGGGUGCGGCGGGACGAGGACGGCCGUGGACGCGACCGGUCGUCCCGGGACGACCCCCAUCGGUUGUACCUGGACGAAGGGAAGCUGGUGCUUCGACGCCUCGAUCCAGACCCUCAAGACGGGCUCAUGGCCUCGCGACGGUGCCUGCUGGGUCGGGAUGGCCCCAGAUGGGCUCCACUCGAUGCUGCACGGUGCAAGAGCAAGGUUCAGCUGUUGUUUCUCUCCGUACUCGUUUCGUGA